AUGAAUUCUGAAGGUGUAGGCAAACUUUUCGAAGCAGUCAACAAGCUCGAGAAUUGGUAUAGAAAUAAAGUGGAAAAGUUCAAAGGUAAAACAUGGCAAUGUGGAUAUGUAAAUAUCUUAGAUUGUAUUUGUGUUAUGCGACAGAACGAUGAUUACGAUUUAUGUGAACGCUUUCCUUUAUUGCCAACAUGA